CAGGAACAUACUUUGUUCUCAGAAUUUCCAUUACCAGAGGAGCUACAUUCCCAGAGGAUUCAUUACUCAAGGUGAAAUAGUAGAUUAUUUCAAAAGCUGGAGCUGAAUAUAAUGUUAAAUAAUGGCAACAGGUGACUUAAAGAGAAGCUUACGGAACCUAGAGCAAGUGCUUCGUUUGCUAAAUUAUCCUCAUGAGGUGGAUUGUGUAGGUUUGAUAAAGGGAGAGACAGCAGCAUCUUUGCCCAUCAUCAGCUAUUCCCUUACCUCAUAUUCAUCUCAUGUAGCAGAACUUCUGAUGGAAUCCAAUGUAGAGCUCUUAGCAAAGAAUGACUUGCGCUUUAUAGAUACUGUCUAUAAGCUUCUUCGUGAUCAAUUUAAUUAUAAACCAAUCUUGACGAAAAAGCAGUUUCUCCAAUGUGGAUUUGCAGAAUGGAAAAUCCAAAUUAUUUGUGAUAUUUUGAAUUGUGUGAUGAAAAAGCACAAGGAGCUGAGUAGUCUUGAGAAGACUCCAUCACAACAAAGGAAGAAAAUCAGUUUUGUUAAGCCAGAACUUUCCUCAAGCAGCGAGAAGACGCCCACAGAGCCUGUGGGCACCGACAUCACCGGCAGGUUUAUGACUUCAGGAAAGAAAAAGGCUGUAGUGAUCCGUCACCUCUAUAAUGAAGACUGUGUUAACAUUCCUGAGGAUACAUUAAGCACAGUAACAGAUGUUACUGAAGCGUUUGCUGUGUGUGACAUAAAGGAUACUGAAGUAAAGGCUCCUGAAGAUAAGGGCCCUGAAAUCAAAUCUGAGCAGCAGGAUGUAGUCGUUAAUCCUGAGAUUACUGCCCUGCAGAGUAUGCUUGCUGAAUGCCAAGAAAAGCUUAAGAAACUAGCUCUGAUAGAGAGUAGAUUAGACUCUUUGGAAGAAAAAAUGAAAGGAAAAGUGAUGGUAGAUGAAAAAACCUGGACUAAUCUACUGAGUCGUGUCACUCUUCUUGAAACAGAACUGCUUUUGUCCAAAAAGAAUGAUGAAUAUAUAGAAUAUAAUGAGAUGAAUGAAGACUAUUCUUCUAGUAGUGAUAUGGAUAUUCUGAAACCUGGGAGAAAAAGCAAAGAGAGGGAAGCAAGUAUUCCUCUGUCCUCCGGUUAUAGUUCAGUAUCAAUAGAUUCGACCUCCAGAACCUCAACUGGUAAUUACUGUGGUUUGAAAGAUAUUUCAGAGGAAACAACAAUCCAGAAAAUGGAAAGGAUGAAAAAAAUGUUUGAAGAAACUGCAGAGUUACUAAAAGGUUCAAGUCACUAAAUAUAGAAUUUGUCUACAUGAACUUUUCCAGGAUGUUGGCUGCUGUACAUGUUGUAUAUUUUAAGAAUUCUCAUAAAUUUUAAUAUACUGCAAAAUUUUUAUUAGGAAUCUUAAUUCCAUUUGGUAGAUGAGCUUUUUCAUUCAAUAUUGAAUACUUAAAUAUUUUUGUGCUGUAAUUAUAUAGUUUUAUUCUGUUUUACUUUUCCUAGGAAAACUCUUGUACCAGUACAUUUCUUUUACAAGUGAAGUCAUUACAGCACUGUACUUUCGUGUUGACAUUUGUUGGCAGUGUGCUAAGUAAUGUGUUUUUUAAAGUACAGGCUUCAGGACCACAGUUUACAUCCUGCUGGAAACACUCCAGCUGGGACUUGCAUAUUGUACCCAGGAGGCUGUCGUACAUACCGUUUGCCAUCUGUACUGAUGAAUAUGUCGUAAUGAAAAGUUAAAAAUCCUCAUUGAAAAUUAAAUAAAACAAAAAUACGACUUCAUGCUUAGUGAAAAGACAGCAACACAUUUUCAGUUAACCUUGAGAAAGUGCCGGUAUGAUUCUCCUUUUGUGUCAAGAAGGAGGCCGGGAAGUUCACUGUGGAGGGCGUGUUGAGGAUUUCAGGGCCCUGCUCUGUAACACGUCUCAGAACCAGCAGCAGAGACAUGGAUGGUGGCCGUCCACUAUUACAAGCUACACAGUGAGGGGUUUGGGUUUUUUUUAAGUG